AUCGAAUACCUAAUGAAGAUAAUCGUACAAAGUUCGGGUUUAUUGCUUGGUCGCCUUGAUGAUAUGUUUAAAGAUACACAUAUUGUCAGCAACGCUCUGGGGUCCGCCUUACUGGCUGGUUUCAAAUUAAUUUGUUACAAUCUUAGUUUACCAAAUAUCAAUCCAGGUCAAUUGAAACCUCGAGAAGAUUCUAAAGCAUUGGGGACACCAAAAGUAUUUUGUGCAUUACCUUAUGGUAUCGAAAGA